ACGUCGUCUGCGGUUAGGGUUUUACUUUUAUUAAGAACGAUACCGUUUAGGUACUGAUACGAUGCGAGGUUUCGACGAGCUUCUUCUUCGAUCUCCAGAAGACAAGAACGUAGCUCUUCUGCUCGAUUACAUCUAAUCAAAUAGUAGGAACAGAACUUCUCUUCCCCUCUGAAUUCGAAGCCUCUGCAUCUACAUAGCCCUAGCGUUCUCUUCCCAUUCUGGUUGGAAGAUGAAAAUAGUAAAGGAAAACGCAGGUACGCUUACAAAUUUCGAGGUGCUUGACUUCCUAAACUCGAGAGGUGCAUCAAGGGAUACUACAAGAGUUAUAGCUCCAAUUGCUAAAUCAGAAUACAAGGUCUAUGAUUACUUGGUGGAGACUGCUGCUUGCACUCAAACUCGAGAGAGCGUUAACGAAUUCGCCGACAAGUGCAAAGCUUUCAAAGUCUGGAAAGCUGAGAUUCUCAAUAUCAUCAAUCUCAGGCCAUCUUCUAUUGUUGAACUGAUGCCGAUCAUAGAGACGCCCGAUAAUCGGGAAAUCGACUCAGAUGGGAUCCUAGAGCUCGUGCAGGAUUUGCUACCGCCUCUUCCUUCACUGGAAACUCCUAAAGGUAAUAAUGAAGAAGAGGAAACAGAGAACGGCGAACAAUCGUAACUGCAGUUUUUUUUUUCUUUCUUUUGAGUUAAUAUCUUUAGUGAAGAACACAUAUAGAAUUUUCUUUCUUGUUUGUAAAAACCCCAUUUAAUGGUGAGAAAUUAUAUGAAUGGAAUUACAAGAUCCA